UCCAAUUUGAUAUUUUUUCCCCCAAAACAAACAUUUUUAGGAAAUCCUGCCAUUUUUUUCAGAGACUGACACACAGAAGCUAAGUCCCAAGAUUACCCUUCAACCAUAUCCGACGGCUAUUCCAUACCCGUACCCGUACCCGUUUCACAGUCGGGUACAGUUGGCGUGAAUGGCGAGUCCAUCCAUGUAAACAUAAACAGGUAAAGGAGGGAAAAAGGAUCAAUGGAUUUGCCUUUGCGCGGUGAAGGACCUGCAAUACUACAGUUGCAGCGAUGGGGUCCUUCUCAUCCCCAACUCAACCUUUCCGAGUUUCGUGAAGCUUUCAUUUCCCCUACAAGGGAGCUUCUUUUGCUGCUUUCAACUCGCCGUGAAGCAUUGUUGCUUCCUCUUAUCACAGCUGGUUCAGGAGCUUCCAGCUCACAAGCUUUGGUUUUGCCAAAUGGGUUAGAAGAUUCAAGAAUGGAUGAUCUACCAUGCUCUUCUGGGUCUUCUGGGUCGGUAGUGGAUGAUUUUGAUAACAGUUUCUUUUUUAAAAAUGAAACAUCCGGAUGUAAAAGUUAUCCCUAUGUUGGUGAUGUAGAAUCUCUAGCUUGGGGUGUUUGUGGUGAUACUUACAAUCUGCAUCAGGAUGCUUUGUUUAGAGAAUUUUUGUUUGUAUCUGGCAACCAUGGUGUAACGGUACAUGCAUUUUGUAAACCCAAUAUAAACAAUGCAAGAAGUGGAAUUGAAUCGGAGAAGAAUGAGUUUGGGCAAGGAAGGUGGGUGGAGUGGGGGCCUUGUGCUACAUUAGUUCGAGAUGAGGAGUCAUGUAGUGAAACACGUAGAAACGUAGAGGAUGUAAAAGUGGUUAACGGAAAUAGUGAGAUCCGAAACAAUGUUGUGAAUGCGAGUGGGAAGGAUGAUUUAUCAAGAGGUAUUGAUUCCAAGAGAUGGAUGCAAACUUUCUUCACAGAAGUUGAAGAUAUCGAAACUGGUGGUAAAGUAUGGACCAGAUUUCCUCAGAAGUCAUCAUAUCCUUGCUCUGCAAAGGUUGUUUCCUUUAGCAUUUUUAAUAGUAAUUCACCUUUUAGAGACUUCCUAUCUCAGUGCAACUCUUUGUCAAAUAAGGAGCCUUUUCAGGAAGCUAUACAUGAUUCAGACGAUGAUCCAUCUACCAAUUCAGAGUUACCUUCUUCUGGUUCGAAUUUUUGCCCUAAGAUUUUGUCUACUGUUUUUGGUGUUGCGAUGAACAGUUUAUACAAAUGCUCCAGAGUUUUUUCCAGCAAUUCGCAUUACUGUAUUGGAUUUGUUUUGACGUUGGUGGAUCCAGUAUCUAGCAGUAACAGUGAUGGAAGUGAAAGGAGCAUGUACAAAAAUGUAGUCCUUGUUGCUAGGUUAGACAAUUGGGGAAUUCAGUGGGUUUGCUCAAUUAAGCUUGAGGAAAAUCUAAAUGUUGGCCCACUGGUUGAGUGGACGGACUUUUGUUUUUCUGAAAAUCUUCUUGUUUGUCUUAAUGCCUCAGGCUUAAUUGUUUUUUAUUCUGCAACGUCAGGUGAGUUUGUUGGACAGUUAGAUGUUCUACAGAAUUUUGGCCUCAAGCGUCAGUCUUAUUUUCUGGAGAAAAGCAAAUUGUCUGUAUUUGCUGACAGAAAAAGUAUACAAGUUGAUGAGGUCCAGGAUAGUUCAACUUCUCAAUUUGGCAAUUGUUGUGGUAGAAGAAUUUUUAGUAGAUUGAUGAGUGCUUUGCAUACUUCCCUCUUAGCUGUGGUUGAUGAAUAUGGUGCAAUAUAUGUGAUAUGUGCUGGUGACUAUUUGGUGGAAGAAUGUCAUACCAAUGAGCUGCUUCCGCAUUAUAAGCGACUUGGACUUGGGAUGCUGGUUGGUUGGGAGGUUGGUGGUUCUGACAUUGGUUGCCAAAGAAUGUAUCCUGGUUUUGAUGGUUAUUUCAAUUAUGAUGGUUAUUUCAAUUAUAGCACGUCAUCCAUGAGUAAAGGGCAUUUUCCUUACUUGAAUGAUAGUGGAAGUAAUCCACUUCAGAAAUUUCAAGAGGGAAACAUUCGUGGAAAAGGGAAGCAAUACUCAUUUUUAAGUGGUUUUUCUGCUAGUUCAGAGAUAAAUCAGAUGUUUCACAGUGCUGAUGUAAAGUCUCACCUUUUGCGCAAAAUAUUUCUUCCCAUGUAUAAAUUCAGUGGGGAUGAUUCUAUUUGCUUUUCUCCAUUUGGAAUUACUCGGCUCCGUAGGAAGCACAACAUGAAGGAUCAGAAGGGUUCUCAAAUUGUCCAUUUUAAUCUUCGUGCAGAGUUAGCAGUCUGUGAUGAUAGCUGCUUGAAUAGUGGGUGUGAGAUGUUUUACCUCCAGGGGAGGGAUGUUUUCAUUGGAGAUGCAAUUGGUUGCACUUUCCAGGGUUGUUUUUAUUUGGUGACAGAAGGUGGUCUUUCGGUGGUUCUUCCCUCUGUUUCAGUAUCUUCAAAUUUCUUUCCUGUUGAGUCAAUUGGAUAUCGGCAUUCAAGUAACCAUUCAGGCACUGGAUAUCAACUAAAAGACAACUUGGAAUUGAAAGAUUUCAAACAACCAUGGUUGCCAUGGAAUAUUGAGGUUUUGGACAGAGUUCUUCUGUAUGGAAGUACUGAAGAAGCAGACCACCUGUGUCGGGAAAAUGGGUGGAACUUGAAAAUCUCUCGGAUCCGUAGGUUGCAGUUGGCUUUGCACUAUCUGAAAUUUGAUGAAAUAGAGCUAUCUUUGGAAAUGCUUGUAGGUGUCAAUUUGGCAGAAGAAGGUAUCUUGAGAAUGCUCUUUGCUGCUGUUUAUCUUAUGCUAUUUAAAGUUGGCAGUGAGAACGAUGUUUCUGCUGCUUCAAGGCUUCUUGUGUUGGCUGCUCGCUUUGCGACCAAAAUGAUUCGUAAAUAUGGGUUGCUGCAGUAUAAUGGUUAUCCACAAGGAGGGAGGCAACUACUUUCUCUUCCAUCAGUUUUACCAGAUAAAGUACAAACUGAAGUGCAAAAUUCACAAAGGCUUCAAGAGAUGGCUCAUUUUUUGGAAAUUAUUCGGAAUCUGCAAUCUCGACUAAGUUCUAAGUUUAAGAGGCCAGGCCAAGGAUCGGUGGAUGGUGGAGAGGCAUCAAGGUUGGUGGAUGCAGAUUUAUCACAGGAUGAACCUGAACUUUCAAUUGUUUCAGUGGACACCUCAUCUUUGGAGACACCAGACCAGCAUGAGAUUUCUUUUCCUGCAUCUGCUGGCAGUGCUAAUUAUGCUGAGAAUCUUGUUUUAACCCCUGUGGAACCCAAAUCCCACUUUGACCCAGAGGAUUUGAGUGAAGUAUCUGCUUUUGUGCCUCGUGGGGGACUCUUGGAAAAUCCCAAAGAGAUGUUUGUACGCUGGAAGAUAGAUAAUUUGGACCUUAAAACAGUGGUCAAUGAUGCUUUGCUGUCUGGACGUCUCCCUUUAGCAGUCCUUCAACUGCAUCUUCAUCGUUCAAGGGGAUUGGUUUCUGAUAAAGAGCCUCAUGAUACUUUCAUGGAAGUUCGUGACAUUGGAAGAGCUAUUGCAUAUGACCUAUUUUUGAAGGGUGAAACUGGGCUUGCUGUGGCAACAUUGCAAAGGCUUGGUGAGGAUGUUGAAACCAGCCUCAAACAGUUAUUGUUUGGCACAGUAAGGAGAUCUCUUCGAGCGCAACUCACCGAGGAGAUGAAAAGAUAUGGUUACCUGGUACCGUAUGAGUUGAAGAUAUUAGAUACGAUAUCACUCAUUGAGAGGCUCUAUCCGAGCAGUAGUUUCUGGAAAACAUUUAUCGGACGGCAGAAAGAAUACAUGAGGGUUCCAGCUAGUUCAAAUCCACCAAGAAGAAAUUAUUUGCGACUACUGCAUUCACAUGUUAUCAACAAUUUUACCAUUGAGUGCAAUGAAGUUGAUGGAGUUGUUUUAGGUUCAUGGGCAAAUGUAGAUGAAAAUCCUUUGGUUCCUUUGGCUGAUGAAGGUAAUCCUCAGUCUGGAUACUGGGCUGCAGCUGCUAUCUGGUCUAGUGACUGGGAUCAGAGAACCAUUGAUCGUAUAGUUUUGGAUCAAUCUUCCUUCAUGGGUGUUCAUGUGUUAUGGGAAUCUCAACUUGAAUAUUACAUAUGCCGUAAUGACUGGGCAGAAGUCUCUAAACUCCUGGACCUGAUUCCUGAUGCUAUUUUAGUUGAUGGAAGCCUCCAAGUCAGUUUGGAUGGUCUACACCCUGCUUCAGUUGGAUGUGAAAGGGAAUCUUCUAGUUAUAGCAAUUACUUAUGCUCUCUUGAAGAAUUGGAUGUCGUCUGUAUGGAAGUUCGAGAUGUCAAAGUUUUGAGGUUUGCAGCAAUCAUUAUGAGCUCCACGUGGUUAAAGGUACUAGUGGAGGAGAAGCUUGCUAGGAGGCUUAUUUUUUUGAAGGAGUAUUGGGAAGGCACAGCAGAGAUAGUACCACUUCUGGCCCGUUCAGGCCUAAUUACUGGCAAAUAUAAGAUUCCUUCGGACGUUGAUCUAGUUGAGAGUAUUUCAGAUCUAAAAUCCUUAGAUGGUGGUGUGACAUUUAACUCGGAUUCGAUACAGUCUCUGCGCAAAUUACUUUUGCACCAUUGUGUGAAUUGUAACUUGCCAUACCUUUUGGACCUUUACCUUGAGCACCACGAGUUGGUAGUACAUAAUGAUUCACUAUAUUCAUUGCAGGAUGCUGCAGGAGAUUGUGAAUGGGCAAAAUGGUUGCUCUUAUCUAGGGUUAAGGGUUCUGAGUAUGAUGCAUCAUUUUCAAAUGCUCGCUCAAUAACAUCACAAAACUUAGUUCCAACUGCGAAUCUCAAUGUUCAUGAGAUGGAUGAAAUAAUUCGUACUGUGGAUGACAUUGCGGAAGGAGGUGGAGAACUGGCAGCUUUGGCAACCCUAAUGUAUGCCCCUGCUCCUAUUCAAAAUUGUCUGAGUAGUGGUAGUGUAAAGAGGCAUAGUAGCUCCUCAGCCCAGUGCACACUGGAGAACCUUAAGCCUACCUUGCAGCGAUUCCCUACAUUAUGGCGCACAUUGGUAUCUGCAUGUUUUGGACAAGAUACAACAUAUAGUUAUUAUGGCCCUAAAAAAAAGAAUGCUUUAUUGGAAUAUUUAAAUUGGCGUGACCAUGUCUUCUUCUCCACUGGACGUGAUACUUCACUUCUGCAAAUGCUGCCUUGCUGGUUUCCUAAGUCUGUACGGAGAUUGAUUCAACUUUAUGUCCAGGGUCCUCUUGGAUGGCAAUCAAUACCUGGGAUGCCAAUUGGAGAAACUUUGCUGCACAGAGAGAUUGAUUUUUCUAUAAAUGUUGAUGAACAUGCUGAAAUUGGUGCUAUGUCUUGGGAAGCAACCAUCCAAAAGCACAUUGAAGAGGAACUCUAUGAUCCUGCACUUGAGGAAACUGGGCUUGGGCUUGAGCAUCAGUUGCAUCGUGGACGAGCUCUAUGUGCUUUUAAGCGUCUUCUUACUGUUAGAGUUCAGAAAUUGAAAUCAGAAGGGAAGUCUCGUGCAGCAGAACAUGGACAAAAGAAUGUGCAAUCAGAUGUGCUAACACUUCUUGCACCUAUAACAGAAAGUGAAGAGUCUCUUCUUUCAUCUGUUGUCCCACUUGCUAUUAUGCAUUUUGAGGAUUCAGUAUUGGUUGCGUCAUGCGCUUUUCUCCUAGAGCUUUGUGGUUUAUCUGCAAGCAUGCUCCGUGUGGACAUCGCUGCCUUGAGACGGAUAUCUGCUUAUUACAAAACCACUGAAAACAAUGAGAGUACAAGACAACUUUCACCAAAGAGUUCUGCCUUUCAUGCAGUUUCACGUGAAGGUGAUAUAACAGAAUCUCUAGCACAAGCUCUGGCAGAUGAAUAUCUACACCAGGAUGUUGCAAGCAUUGCUAAACAAAAGGAGAUCCUGAGUUUGCGUAAUGGUAGAAAGUCUUCUCGAGCUCUCAUGCUUGUAUUACAGAAUUUAGAAAAGGUGAGCCUCCCAACCAUGGUGGAUGGAAAGACAUGUGGGGCUUGGCUUUUGAGUGGAAAUGGAGAUGGAAUUGAGUUAAGAUCUCAACAAAAAGCUGCAAGCCAGCACUGGAAUCUAGUUACAGUUUUUUGUCAGAUGCAUCAACUUCCUUUGAGCACAAAAUACCUUGCUGUAUUGGCAAGAGACAAUGAUUGGGUUGGAUAUUUGUCCGAAGCUCAGGUUGGAGGAUAUCCUUUUGACACAGUAAUCCAAGUUGCAUCAAAGGAAUUUAGCGAUCCACAUCUUAGAAUUCAUAUAUUAACAGUUUUGAAAGGCAUGCAGUCGAGGAAAAAAGCUAGCUCUUCUCCAUAUCCAGAUACUACAGAGAAAAGUACUGAAAUUUCCUUUUUAGAUGAAGACAUUUGUAUCCCAGUUGAACUCUUUACAAUUUUAGCAGAGUGUGAGAAGCAGAAAAGUCCUGGAGCAGCCCUUUUGAUGAAAGCCAAGGACUUGUCCUGGUCAAUUUUGGCAAUGAUUGCAUCAUGCUUUCCAGAUGUGUCUCCACUGUCCUGCUUGACAGUGUGGCUGGAAAUAACUGCAGCAAGGGAAACUUCAUCUAUUAAGGUGAAUGAUAUUGCUAGCCAGAUUGCAGAUAAUGUUGGAGCAGCUGUUGAAGCUAGCAAUUCUCUGCCAGCAGGUAGUAGAGCCCUAACAUUUCAUUACAACCGAAGGAAUCCAAAACGUCGGCGUCUUUUGGAGCCCGGGGGGCGGGAUGUAUCUCCUGCCACGGUUUCUGAUAAGUCAACUGGUCAUGUGGUUGAAAAUGUAAUUGCUCAGGAAAUCGUGGUUGAGGAUGAAAGAAGAGUAGACAUUGGUGAACAUAAUAAACUUCAUAGUGACUCGGAUGACGGGCCUGUCUCACUGUCCAAGAUGGUUGCUGUGCUUUGUGAACAACGUUUGUUCCUGCCUUUGCUGAGGGCAUUUGAGAUGUUCCUUCCUUCUUGCUCUCUUUUAUCUUUCAUACGUGCUCUUCAGGCAUUUUCACAAAUGCGUCUCUCUGAAGCAUCAGCACACUUGGGCUCCUUUUCUGCCCGAAUCAAAGAAGAACCAAUCCAUUUACAAGCUAAUAUAGGAAGAGAAGGUCAGAUUGGGACAACAUGGAUAAGUGACACAGCUAUUAAAGCUGCCGAUGCUAUGCUUUCGACUUGCCCAUCUCCUUAUGAAAAGAGAUGUUUGCUACAACUUCUCGCGGCAACUGACUUUGGGGAUGGAGGAUCAGCGGCCACAUAUUACAGACGACUUUAUUGGAAAAUUAAUUUAGCUGAGCCUUCAUUGCGUAAAGAUGAUGUUUUACACCUUGGAAAUGAGACCCUGGAUGAUGCCUCACUUCUAACAGCAUUGGAGAAGAAUAGUCAUUGGGAGCAAGCACGAAACUGGGCUAAGCAGUUGGAAGCCAGUGGUGGACCUUGGAAAUCUGCAGUGCAUCGUGUUACUGAAACUCAGGUUGAAUCUAUGGUAGCUGAAUGGAAGGAGUUCCUAUGGGAUGUUCCAGAGGAGAGAGUGGCUUUAUGGGGCCAUUGCCAGACACUGUUCAUCAGAUAUUCUUUCCCGGCUUUACAGGCUGGUCUAUUUUUCCUCAAACACGCAGAAGCUGUAGAAAAAGAUCUUCCAGCUAGGGAGCUUCAUGAGUUGUUACUGCUUUCUUUACAAUGGUUAAGUGGGAUGAUAACCCUGUCCAACCCAGUUUAUCCGUUGCAUCUUCUGCGAGAAAUUGAGACUAAAGUAUGGCUCUUGGCAGUAGAGUCAGAGGCACAGGUGAAGAGUGAAGGAGAAUUCAGUUUAACCAAUUCCAUCCGUGAUUCAAUUACUAAAAAUAGCUCCAAUAUCAUUGACCGAACUGCGAGUAUAAUCACAAAGAUGGACAAUCAUAUUAAUGCAAUCAGGAAUAGAACGGUCGAGAAACAUGAUGCAAGAGAAAUUAACCCAGUGCAUUACAAGAACCAAUUUGAUGCUAGCUAUUCAACAACAGCAAGUGGGAAUACAAAGGCUAAAAGAAGGGCAAAGGGCUAUGUGUCACUAAGACGUCCACUACUGGACCCGGCAGAUAAAACUGUUGAUUCUGACGAGGUUUCUAGUUCUCACAACAGUAAAAAUGAUGUGCAGUUGCAGGAUGAGAACAUAAGAAUGGAAACGUCUUUUUCUAGGUGGGAAGAAAGGGUUGGACCUGCAGAGCUGGAAAGGGCUGUGCUUUCUUUAUUGGAAUUUGGCCAAAUAACAGCGGCCAAGCAACUCCAACAUAAACUAUCCCCUCAUCUAAUACCUUCAGAAUUCGUACUUGUAGAUGCUGCUUUAAAGCUUGCAGCAAUCUCAGCUCCAAGUGGGCUAGUAUCCAUAUCAAUACUUGAUGAGGAUGUGCGAUCAGUUAUGCAGUCACAUGGUAUACUUACUAACCAGCAUCAGAUGGAACCAAUGCAGGUAUUGGAGAGCUUAGCAACCAUAUUUACUGAAGGUUGUGGCCGUGGGCUAUGUAAGAGAAUAAUAGCAGUUGUAAAAGCUGCAAACGUGCUGGGACUUUCGUUUUCAGAGGCCUUUGAUAAGCAACCAAUUGAAUUACUACAGCUGCUGUCCCUUAAAGCACAAGAAUCAUUUGAAGAGGCAUAUCUCCUUGUGCAGACUCAUUCCAUGCCGGCAGCUAAUAUUGCUCAAAUUCUUGCUGAAUCAUUUCUAAAGGGCUUAUUGGCUGCUCAUCGUGGGGGAUACAUGGAUUCUCAAAAGGAGGAAGGACCUGCUCCCUUAUUGUGGAGGUUUUCAGAUUUCUUGAAGUGGGCGGAGCUUUGCCCUUCUGAACCAGAAAUUGGCCAUGCAUUGAUGCGUAUGGUGAUCACUGGACAAGAAAUACCACAUGCCUGUGAGGUAGAGCUUCUUAUUUUGUCCCACCACUUCUACAAAUCAUCUGCUUGCCUAGAUGGAGUUGAUGUUCUUGUAGCCCUUGCUGCAACUAGGGUGGAAGCUUAUGUUUCUGAAGGAGAUUUUCCAUGUUUGGCUCGCCUCAUAACUGGAGUAGGAAAUUUCCAUGCCCUAAAUUUCAUUCUCGGAAUUCUUAUAGAAAAUGGUCAAUUGGAUCUUCUUCUUCAAAAAUACUCGGCAGCUGCAGAUACAAAUGCUGGUACUGCUGAGGCUGUCAGGGGCUUUCGGAUGGCUGUUCUCACAUCACUCAAGCAUUUCAAUUCCAAUGAUCUUGAUGCAUUUGCAAUGGUCUACAACCACUUUGACAUGAAACAUGAAACCGCUUCUCUUUUAGAGUCCCGAGCUCGACAGUCUUUGGACCAGUGGUUCAGUCGCAAUGAUAAGGACCAGAAUGAAGACCUCUUAGACUCUAUGCGCUAUUUCAUCGAAGCUGCUGAAGUUCACUCUUCCAUUGAUGCUGGCAAUAAGACACGGAGUGCCUGUGCUCAAGCUUCGCUUUUGUCACUUCAAAUUAGAAUGCCUGAUUUCCAGUGGCUUUACCAAUCUGAAACCAAUGCCAGGAGAGCGCUAGUUGAGCAGUCCCGUUUCCAAGAGGCCCUAAUAGUUGCUGAAGCCUAUGGCCUUAACCAGCCUAGUGAGUGGGCUUUGGUACUCUGGAAUCAGAUGCUCAAACCAGAACUACUUGAAGAGUUUGUGGCUGAAUUUGUAGCUGUGCUACCUCUACAGUCUUCAAUGCUUGCUGAUCUAGCAAGAUUUUAUAGGGCUGAGGUGGCAGCUAGAGGGGACCAGUCUCAAUUCUCAGUUUGGCUUACUGGGGGAGGGUUACCUGCAGAAUGGGCUAAAUACUUGGGAAGAUCAUUUAGAUGCUUGUUGAGGAGGACUAGGGAUUUAAGGUUGCGAAUGCAGCUUGCAGUGUUGGCAACUGGGUUUACCGAUGUGAUUGAUGCAUGUUCAAAGGCCUUAGAUAAGGUACCUGAAAAUGCAGGACCUCUUGUGCUGAGGAGAGGACAUGGUGGGGCAUACCUCCCGCUAAUGUGAAUAUUCCUUGCACCGACAUUUAACUGAGUCUCUGAUGAUCAUGAUGAUGACAACAAUGGUGAUGAUAUACUAUGGUGCUUGUAGCUUUUUCUUUUACAAAGAAGUUGCACCAAGAUUUGUUACUUCCCUAAAGGGAAGAAAUUUUGGGUGACAAGGAGGAAAAGUAAGAAAUAAGAAAAAGAAAUAGGAAUAGCAGCAGGAUAUGUGAAUUUUGGGACCAUUAUAAAUUAGUUGAUUUGAAAGAUUUUAUUCUUUUGCAGCAGCUUCAUCGGACAAGCCAGGAGCAGAAAGUUAAAAAAGUUUGAAUAGGAUAUGCGAAUUAGGUCAAGUAGAAGUUUUUGAGGUGGUGAUUUGCUCCCAUUUUUUUUUUUUUUUUUUAAAUUUUCUUUUCCCCUAUUCUUUUAUUGAUGUGUUAAAUUUUGAAUCAAAAUAUCGAAAGGGUGUGUUAAAUUUUGUAGAAAUGUACAAUAUGUCCAUAUUUUUCCUCAAUACAAAGUUCUUGUGCAGGGAUUUCAUUUC